AACGUUAAGUCGUGGAACGGAUUCGCCGAUUCGGAGUAUUUACACCCAGAUCACUUUUAACCGGAUGUCUUAUUUCGUUUUAUAUUCGGACACAGAGCGUGAGCGAGAGGAUUAUUAUCCGUCAGCCGGUUUGGACUGACGAUGACCUGAAAGAUGAUUUUAUUUUUUUUUAAAGAGAAGAUGGCUGGGUAUGACUGCUCAGUAUUGUGUUGAAAAUACGAAGAGAGCUCGCUAAAAAAAACAACAACAACAUUGUAUUACUGUAUAUACUGCGUGUUUAUUUCUGAUGGGACGCGGACUGGAGCUGUUUAUUUGCUAGUUCUCAGUUUAUUUGUGUGUGUGUGUGUGUGUGUGUGUGGCAGAAAUCAGGAAAUACAGACCAUCACUGUUACUGAGGAAACCAGGCACUUUCAGCGUUUGGUUAAAUGUUUAAAAUGUCAUUUAUUGUUAUUACAAACUCCCAGGAGGCUUUUCUUAGCUGCAUUUACCAUUAAUCAUCUCUCCUAAAGAGAAAAUGCACACUAACCCCACAACACUAACUAAUCUCAGCUAGAAAUCAAACAUGUCCCUUUCAGAGUACUGUGUGUAGUUUAAGCCGUCCCCAUCAUCUAUCCUGCCAGACUGCUCCAGAGGUACUCACAGGACAAUUAUCUGCUCCGCUUACAAUCAUGCGCCUGUCCCCUUUCCUUGCCGUCUUCCGACCCGCCAUGCCCCUCAUCCUGGGCUUGUCUUUGGGCUGCACUCUCAGCCUGCUCAUGGUGUCCUGGACGCAGGGGGACACGGACGACGUCUGUAGUGAUCAGCUGCGUCUUGGACUCCUUCCGGGCGAUCGUGCCGGAGAUCCCCAGAGAGUGGAGGCAGGUGACAGGAACGAGGAUUUCCAACCUCGCAUCGUACCGUAUCAUAAGGACCCGAGCAAGCCACACAAGAAAGUGCUCAGGACCCGUUACAUCCACACAGAACUUGGCAUUCGUGAGCGCCUCCUGGUGGGCAUCCUGACCUCGCGUGCCACACUCAAUACACUGGCUGUGGCGGUGAACCGUACCUUGGCUCAUCACUUCCACCGCACCUUUUUCUUCACCGGCCUUCGUAGCGCCAAGCUGCCCCAUGGCAUGGCCGUGGUCGCUCACGGAGAUGACCGACCCGUCUGGCUGAUGUAUGAAACCAUCCGCCACUUGCAUCAGCACCAUGGCAACGAAUAUGACUGGUUCUAUCUGGCCCAGGACGACACGUACACGCAGGCGGAGCGCAUCAUGAACCUAGUGGGACAUUUGAGUGCGGGACAGGAUCUCUACAUGGGCCGCGCGGAAGAGUUUAUCGGCGGCGAAGAGCGGGCGCGGUACUGCCACGGCGGCUACGGCUACCUGCUGUCACGGAGUUUGCUGGCUCGGCUACAGCCGCACCUCGACGCCUGCCGCAACGACAUCCUCAGCGUGAGGCCGGACGAGUGGCUGGGUCGCUGCAUCAUCGACUACCUGGGACUGAGCUGCAUGGAAAAGUACCAGGAAAUGACCUACUAUUACUUUGAGCUGCAGAAAAAUGCAGACCCCGAGCGCGAGGACAGCGUCCAGUUCAAGAACGCCUUCACCGUGCACCCCGUCUCAGAGCCGGCGCUCAUGUAUCGCUUACAUAAACGCUACAGCCAGAUCGAACUGGACUGGACCUACGCCCAAAUACAUCAGCUUCAGGUACAAAUUAACAAUCUGAGUGAGCUCACUCCAGAAGGCAAAGCAGGAGCCACAUGGCCUGUUGGGGUCAACCCACCUUUCCGUCCCAAGACGAGAUUUGAAGUAAUCAACUGGGAGUAUUUCACGGAGGAGCACAUCUACUCGUGCGCGGACAGCUCCCCGAAGUGUGAACUCCGGGGAGCGGACCGUGCAGACGUCAACUCCAUUUUGGAGACUGCUGUGGAACGUUUAAACGAGCGAUAUCAACCACAGCUGCGUUUCCGGAAGCAGCGUUUGUUAAACGGCUACCGCCGCUUCGACCCCACUCGCGGUAUGGAGUAUAUACUGGACCUGGCCCUACAGGCCUUCACACAGAAAGGACACAGUCAGGUGAUUGCCAAGCGUGUUGGCCUGCUGAGGCCUCUCAGUGCCAUAGAGAUCAUUCCAAUGCCGUAUGUGACUGAAGCAACAAGAGUGCAGGUCAUCCUUCCUGUGACAGCACGAGAUCAGGACUUUGUGGGCAAUUUUUUGGACACGUAUGUGAUGAACACUUUGGACACGCGGGACAAUGCCCUACUAACCUUCCUCUUUGUGUAUGACCCCUAUGACGCACAAAGGGUCAGCCAGACCGAUGUCUUUGCCAGCGUGAAAUCAAUGAUCAGCGAAGUGGAGAAGCGAUAUAGUGAUGUGAAGAUCCCGUGGAUCAGCGUCAAAACAGAGGUUCCCUCCCAGGUGAAGCUGAUGGACAUCAUCUCCAAGAAGCAUCCAGUGGACACACUGUUCUUCCUAGCCAGCGUCUGGACCGAGGUCACUGGGGACUUCCUGAACCGUUGCCGAAUGAACGCCAUCAGCAACUGGCAGGUCUUCUUCCCUGUUCACUUCCAAGAGUACAGCCCAGCCUUGGUGUACCGAGACCAGCAACCUUCUGCAGCCUCGUCGUUUUCUUCAGAGGCGCUCCGAGACGGCCGCUUCGACCGCCACGCCUUCGAGGAGGCCUGUUUUUACAAUGCAGAUUACAUGGCCACUCGUACCAAGAUGGCCAACGACAUAAUGGACAACGAUGAGCUGCUGGAGAGCAUGGACGUUUACGAGAUUUUUGUGCGCUACUCAAACUUGCAUGUCUUUCGGGCAGUGGAGCCAGCACUGAUCCAGAAAUACGUACGGCGAACCUGUAACCCCCGGUUCAGCGAAGACAUCUACCAUCGCUGUGUGUUGAGCAACUUAGAGGGACUGGCCUCACGAUCCCACUUAGCCAUGGCUCUGUUUGAACAAGAGCAGGCAAACAGCACCUAGGACAUGUGGUCUAAGGGAGUUAGCCCUGCCUAUGGGGAGUCUCAUUCCGCUAAUAUAACUGGCCUUACUGAACAUUAGUUUGCAAACUGUGAAAACCAAACUCGUUGAAGUCUGAGAAUAUAGAAUAUGAAAGUGUUUCAGUAAAGCAAAUCAACUUAAACCAACAACACUGAUUAAACAUGUAUUAUUCA